UCGAUAUUUGCUGGGUUUAAAAUGUAACUUGUUAAUCAAAAAUAUAUUUAUCGUAAACAAACCGGCCGACCGGAGCGGCAACCAAAGAACAGCGUACAGAUUACCUGCUAGCCUAGAUUUCCGCGAAGGCAGUCCAGAGCAGGCAGAAACAUUGGCCUUGCAGGCGUCGCAUAUAAAUACAGGACAGACGAAGGACUCGAGCCACAACAUGGACUCAUCGGAUUCGGUAAAUACACACAUGUGCGGCAUCAUCGAGCAGCAGCAUAACAGCUCCUUUCGCCUGCAGUGCUCGCUGUCGUCGGUGGACAGCGAGAGUGACCUGUCGCUGGCAUUCGAGCAUGAUCUGGGGGGCGUGAAGGAGCCGAGCAAUUGCGACGAAUUGCCGGCCUUUGAGAUACGCGCCUUCUCGCCGCAUGGACGCACGCCAUCACCCAUCGAUGACCUGAACAUCUCGGACAUUGAGACUCCGAAGCAGCAUCAUCCAGAGGAGCCCGCCUGCCAAAACCAUCCCGACUUUGUGGCCCUGCAUGAAAUCAACGCACAAAUCACUCCGCCCAGCGACGCCGAAGACACUAAGACGGCCCUGAGUCGCAGCAACAGCUUGGAGACGAUCUUCGAGGGCGUGUUCCUUAACACACCGCCACGCGAAAAACCCAACAACAGCCCAGGCUCCUCGCGUUUCACGCCCAAGCGCGUGCGGGCAAAUCUCAUGGAACUGGUGGCCAUCGGCAAUCGCGUACAGACCACCACCGGCAAGGAGAACCAGUCGCCGGGAGCAGGAGUGGCUGCUGCCAAGUCGCCAUCGCCAACAACCUCUCCGCGCAAGGCGUCACCAAGCUACCGCUAGACCCAACCAAAGCCAUAGGAGCACUUCUUAGACUGCCAUCGACCAAGUUCUAGACUAAGUACCGAAUACGAAUCAUUCGCUUUGUGUACACACUGCAUGUGUAUCUGAAAACAAUGAACUGAUUUUAAAUUUUACAGACCAGGAAUCUUACUUUUUGUAGUCUUAAAUAAAACAUCGUCUUUCCAUGUUUCAAACAUUCAACAAAAACUUUGGUUUCCACUCUGCGAUGGGGUUUUCUACAGUGACCAGAUGUUCCGUUCCCAGUAGGUAGGAGGCUAUGUACCUGGUACCUGCUGGUGCCAGUACCUGCAGAAAUAUCACCAAUCAUACUCGGAAUGGCUUUUAUGAAUACCUGCGUUGCCCAAGGACUUAACACGGGACUCUUGGAUUAAUUGUGGAAAAGUUGCAGAGCAUAACAAAAAUAUUUAAUUGUAGUUUUUUUUUGCUUACGGCUACACUUAAGACUAUACUCUUAUGUAUUCUAAUAUAAUAACUUGUGCAGUAGUACAAAAAUA